UUUUUUUUUUUUUUUUUUUCAUACCUAACUUCCAACCUGUCCGCAUAGAAAUAAUGUUUGUGUUUCCCCAAAAACUAAGAAGGUGCGAGAUAGUUCUCCAUUGUAAAUUGCCUAUUUUCCCGCCAAUAAUACCAAAUCUUCACUUCCCCCAAAUUCGCCUGAUUGUUCACGAAGAAAUCUAGGGUUUUCCUCACCGUUGUGCUCUUCUUGUUCAAAUUAGGGUUCCAGGAAUUGUUCUCCUACUGCGGAGAAAUGCCGCCGUUAAGCUGGAGACAGCAUACGCUGAUUCAAGCUCUGCUAUCCCGUGGUCCACUCAAGGAAAAGGACUUUCACGCUAUAUUUUCCGAUGUCACCGGCAAAAGCUUAGAUUCCCAUCAACAAUUGUUCAAUGAUUAUCUUCGAAAGAUAAACAUGGAGCUAUCUUAUGUCCAGUUUGAGCUACGAGCAUGCAGAAACCAAUAUGACAGUGGUGUAUUUUAUGGAGUGGUCAACACUGUUGCAGAUGAGCAGUCAAAGCUUGGUUCAAAAUAUACUGUUCCUCAAAUUGCUUUCUAUAAAGCCAUUAUUGAAUCCAUUGUUCUAGAUCACACAGCUCAGGGUACCAUUUCCAAUAUCAAAGCCCUCAAUAUUCAGCUAGAAAAUCAGGGUGCUUCUUCAUCUCAAGUCCCUACAGCUUUCAAGAAUUUUUCUAUGACACAAAAGGAAAAAACUAUACGGGAAUUGGUGAAUGACCAAUGGUUAUGUGCCAUGUCAGAUGGUGAUAUUGGACUUGGUGUUAGAUCAUUUUUGGAUCUCAGGAGCUGGUUUCAUAACAAUCAAGUUCCUCCUUGUGAUGUCUGCAAUGAAUCUGGAAUUAAGGCUGAUUUGUGUCCAAAUGAGAGCUGUAGUGUUAGAAUUCACAAAUACUGUCUACAAGCAAAAUUCUCUCAACAAAGGAUGGAAAAAGUUUGCCCUGGAUGUGGGACCCAAUGGCCAUAUGUAGUAAUGGCAAAAGCAGAAGUUGUUGAAGAAGAGGAGAGAGAUGUCCAGCAGCCUCCUCCUCCUUGUGGGCCCCACAUGCGAAAGAGGCAAAGAAGCUCCAGACAUGUUGAAGAGGGAGAGAGAGAGUCAAAUAGUCAACCACCUGAAAAUGGUCAACCCUCCCGGAGACAGGUGGCUGUGAAGGUUGAUUAUGAUGACAAUGGGUUUGUUCCAUCUCAGCUGCCCGGGACAAAACGGGCAACCAGAAAUUCUGCCCGGUUACAUCGGUGAUUAGUUGGUAUGUGUAGUUUUUGAAAGACUUAAAAAACCAUGUCAGCUUAAGGUCCUUUUUUUUUGUUCUCUAUUAAGUGCUGUGUGGAUUAAGUGUUGAAUGGGUAAAUGAUGUCCUGUAUGUUUGUAGUGAAUACUUUAGUAAGUGGGAUAUAUGCAAAGCUAAUCUUCAACUAUGGAUUUUUUUUUUGUAUAUUUUAUUUAAGGUUUAAGAUUGUUUUUGGGAAA